AUGACGUUAAAGAACUACACAACAGUGACUGAGUUCAUUCUCCUGGGACUGACUGGCCGAGCAGACCUCCAGCCCGUGCUCUUUGUGGUCUUCUUAGUGAUCUACCUCGUCACGGUAACUGGCAACGUGAGCAUGAUGUUCUUAAUCAGAAGUGACUCGAAGCUUCACACACCAAUGUACUUCUUCCUUAGCCAUCUCUCCUUUGUAGAUCUCUGUUACGUCACCACUGUAGCCCCUCAGAUGCUUGCUAAUUUCUUGUCCAAGAGAAAAAGUAUUUCUUUUACUGGUUGCAUUAUACAAUUCCACUGUUUCAUUGCUUUGAUCAUCACAGAUUACUAUAUGCUUGCAGUGAUGGCCUAUGAUCGCUACAUGGCUAUCUGUAAGCCCUUGUUAUACACUAGCAAAAUGUCCAGAGGGGUCUGCCUCUGUCUUGUUGUCACUCCUUACACUUAUGGCUUUGUAAAUGGUCUAAUUCAGACCAUCCUGAUGCUUCGUCUGUCCUUCUGUGGCCCCAAUGAGAUCAAUCAUUUCUAUUGUGCAGACCCACCUCUCAUGGUGCUUGCCUGCUCUGAUACCUAUGUGAAAAAAACUGCCAUGUUUGUGGUGGCCGGGUCCAACCUCACCUGCUCUCUGACCAUCAUACUCAUCUCCUACAUCUUCAUCUUCACAGCCAUUCUGCGCAUCCACUCUGCAGAGGGCAGACACAAGGCCUUCUCUACCUGUGGGUCUCAUCUGACAGCUGUUACGAUCUUUUUUGGGACAUUGUUCUGCAUGCAUCUGAGGCCUCCUUCUGAGACAUCUGUAGAACAGGGUAAAAUUGUGGCCGUUUUUUAUAUCUUUGUGAGUCCCAUGUUAAACCCUUUUAUCUAUAGUCUGAGGAACAAAGAUGUUAAAAAUGCAAUAAAGAGAAUUUUCCAGAAGCAAUUGCUAAGUAAAGUGUGCUCACAGGAAAGGAGAACUGCAUUAGGGAAAAAGAAACUAGGAAAGACCAGAUUUCUUGUGGCAUUAAUGGCCUUCAGCAAACUGCAGACUGCCAGGGACUUUUUUAGGGGAGAAGAGAUGAGGAAAACUAAACUUGACCCCAUUCAUGCUCAAAGUAAAAAUAAAACCUGUUCACUGUAA